CUCCGAAGAGGCAGUGAGAUGUUCGUGUGUACAGGUCGUCUGCUACACGUGGCUCGUGUUCUCGCAUGUCGAGCACAGAUAAAGCAGCACCUGUCGUCGAUAUCAGGCACUAACAAUGAUGACUUGGCGAACGCUAUGGGAAAGAGAGCCACCUGGGAGAAUUUCUACAAAACGCAGUCUGAACAGGGCACGAAACAGUUCGACUGGUUCGUUGGUUAUGAAGAGGUGGUCGACCUAGUCUCUCCUUACCUGCACAAACAUAAGAAGAGUCACAAUUCGCACGUGGUUGCACUAGACCUGGGGUGUGGUCUAAGCAAUGUAGCGCUUAGGAUGUGCCUUUCCUCCGAAGAACCCAUGAGAAUAGUGUGUGCCGACAUCGUCAUGUCGCCUUUGCAAACGAUGCGACAGCAAUAUCAGUCAACCAGAGGAGUUGUUAGAAAUUCGGAGUCACACCUUCUGUUUACGAUGGCCGACGCCUCUCAACUUCCGUUUAAAGACAGGUGUUUUGAUGUUGUGUUGGACAAGGGCACGACAGACGUUAUCAUCAGGAGCAGCAGAGGCGGUGAUCUGGCGCGGACUGUGGUACAGGAGAGCCUCCGGGUGCUCCGGUGUGGCGGCCAGCUCUUACAGUUCUCUGACGAGGACCCGGACAUCAGGCUGACGCUGCUGAAUGGCGUGGCAAGCAGAAGUAGAGCUACAGUGACUUUUAAGGAAAUUUCCACACCUCAUGGAAUGGAAUAUUUCAUGUAUGUCGUCCAGAAAGAAAGUUAAAGUAACGAUAAACGGGUGUACACGUAAUAGAUUAGAUUGAGAUGUUACAGAGAUGUUGUAACGUUGAAAAAAA